CUCGGCUCCUUCUGGCAACCAUGUCUGACAAACCCGAAAAGGCUGAGAUGGAGAAAUUCAAUAAGUCGAAAUUGAAGAAGACAGGAACGCAAGAGAAAAAUCCUCUGCCUUCAAAAGAAACAAUCGAACAGGAGAAGCAAGCUGGCAAAUUGUAAUGAGGCAAGCGCCACCAAUACGCGCUGUACAUUCCACAAGCAUUGCCUUCUUAUUCUACUUCUUUAGCUGUUUAACUUUGUAAGAUGCAAAGAGGUUGGAUCAAGUUUAAAUGACCGUGCUGCCCCUUUCACAUCAAAGAAUCGGAACUACUGACCAGGAAGGCCUCCCCUGCCUCUCCCACCCAUCUGUCAGUCUGGCUGGCAGGGAGGGAAAAGA